ACGUGACAGCAUCCUCACCAUCCAGAUCAACUCCGCUUGUCUGCAACUUACGACCCUCAACUGACAUGAACAUAUUCGACAACGGGAAUUGAUGCGUCCAGUUACGCGUCCGGGGUUAUUGAUAUGGCAACAACAACAACCUCAACAUCCACGACACCCCUGCCAAUUCCUCUUACGUACAGCAACAGCUUUCAACGGCCACGGUCGUCGCUUUCGUCGCGACACCAACUUCCUCGAACAACAAUUUCUCGAUCCAUUUCCACCCGUGUAUUACCCAAUUCAGGCUCAUCCGGAUCCCACAACCCACCUUUUCAAAUGUCGAGACCCCGUUCCUUUUCCAUCGGAGACAGCUCCGACGACGACUUUCCCGAGCCCAUCAAAUUCAGCGCAUCCGUCAAGGCGUUAUUAGGAGAGGCGGAUGGUUCGAAUAUUGAUACCUCCCCGUACCGUGGAAGUAAUGCGAGCCAUGUCCAAAACGAGCCCAUAAACAUAAAUGGUGAACUACGCUCUCUACAAUCGCGAAAACUACAAGAGAAACAGGUCCGGAUUGCGUCGCCAAGGGAGCGGGCUACAGGGAGCCCGGUCCCAAGAGUCGUGAGAGUCAGUUCGCCCCGCCUUUCUCCAAGCAGUUUAGGCAGAGAAAGCCCCCGGUCAGAAAGAAAGGAUGAAAGCAUAUUAGAUGGAUCUGAUCAGCGCUAUCCUCAUGGUGGGGAUUUUAUUACACCUGCAGCCCCAAGGACCAGAGUAGUGCGAGUUACGGCGUCCAGGAGCAAUUCUGACUCUCAAUCAACCGUGUCACCCAGUGGAACUAGGUCGAGCGAGAGAUCAUCCAGAGAAGGAGGAAGUCGUCUUGGGGACCGUUCCUCUCCCGGCGAUGAGCGACGACGAGAAGAGAAUGUAUACCGAUCUGGUUCUUCACUUAGUGUGCUACGACCGCGCCCUGGUGAGGAUACGGGAAUGCAAAACUCGUUACGAGUGAAGAGGGUUGGCAAAUUAACGGGCUCGUUUCUUAACGGACCAGCGCGUCGUGGUGUUAUUAGAAGGCAAAGUGAAGAUGUGGAAGAAGAGCCGGCAAAUGAUUGGCCAAGUUCAAACGGCAGCCCUCAUACGAGCAAAGAGGAGCCGCAUCAACAGGAAUCUGAACCCCUCCGUGCUCGCGACCAGGAUCUCGAAAAACCUCAACCGUACCUGAGGCACUCCGAAAGUCGUACUGGACCCCCCGUGCCAUUACAGAUUCCGAUGAGACUCCCAGAGCCAGAAAUACCCUCUGAUAGAGGUCUCUUGAGAUCCAAUUCACCCCAAGUUCCUAGUUCAAAAUCGAAAUCUCCAUUAUCAGCGGAGGGAAAAGAUUCGUCACGAUCUACCAGAGACGCACCCGCAUUUUACCACGUGCCUCCUUUCCUUUCGAGACCUACGGGCGGAGGUCAGGAGAAUGAUCCGCCACCAACAUUCAGAAAACCGAAGUCCCAGGCCUUCAGCCUUUUAGAUAAGGCGGAAAAGUUCUCUGUGGUUUAUGACGAUGGCAAGGAGCUAGCCAAACCCGCGCCGCCAACAAUUUCACCUCGUAGACCUCUAGCUCCAAAAGAUAAUAACACUCCACACAGGCCAGCACCGCCCCCUCCUAAAAUGAGCGUCUUGGAAACCGCGACUGCUCCUGCAGGAGCUAGUUCGUCGCAAGCCAGGAAGAAACGAGUACAGGUUACCAUUAAUCGUAAGCCUUUUACUCGAUUAGAUUGCAUUGGGCGAGGCGGCAGUUCUAGAGUCUACCGCGUCAUGGCUGAAAAUUGCAAAAUAUUUGCGCUCAAGCGAGUCAAUUUGGAGGAUGUUGACCCGAUUGCGCUUGCCGGGUAUAAGGGAGAGAUCGAUUUACUCAAAAAGCUUGAGAAUGUGGAUCGUGUGGUACGAUUGUUUGAUUACGAAGUCAACGAGGAGAAGCAUGCGCUUAGUGUUCUCAUGGAGUUUGGCGAGUCGGACCUACAAAGGAUCCUCACGCUACGACUGAAUACAGAAGACGCUAUUUUUGAUUCUGCCUUUACACGAUAUUACUGGAAGGAAAUGCUCGAGUGCGUCCAAGCCGUUCACGCCUUCGACGUCGUCCACUCAGAUCUUAAACCUGCCAAUUUUGUCCUGGUGAAAGGAAACCUAAAACUAAUUGACUUUGGCAUCGCAAACAAGAUCCAGGAUGACACCGUCAACGUCCAUCGCGAGCAACAAAUUGGCACACCAAACUACAUGGCACCCGAAACUCUUAUCGACAUCAAUGCCGCAAGCGGCCUCCCCUCGACGGUUGGCAAGAUGAUGAAAGUCGGUAAACCAAGCGACGUCUGGAGUUUAGGUUGCAUCCUCUAUAAAAUGGUCUACGGCGACCCGCCCUUCGCGCAUAUCACCAAACCCUUCGAGCGCAUCAUGGCCAUACCGAAUCCGAAAGUGAUCAUUGACUUCCCAGCUUUCGGCAUUGGUGGUGCGUCCGUACCACCGGGCCUCAUCCGGACUAUGAAGCGCUGCCUUCAGCGCGACCCACGUCUGCGACCCACGGUGCAAGAAUUGCUGGGGCAGCGAGAUCCGUUCCUAUAUCCAGAAGCGAACUUGGAGGGUUCGGUGCCAAUGACUCAGGAGAUGUUGGGGAGGAUAUUAACUAAUGUCGUCAAUCAUUGUCGGGCAAGAGGACCGCCGAAGGAUGAGGAUCUCGCUGCGUGGCCGGCUGGGUUCUUUGCGAAGAUUCAGUCGGCGCUCGAAGAAGAUGCCCUUUGACCUAUUGCGACUGUUCGCUGUCAUUCAUUAUUUUGUAUUUUUUUUCUCUUUCCUUUGGUUUCCUACCCUUGCCUUCUACGGCUUUCUAUAUUUUGGAUAGGUGUCUUGGGAUCAUUUCAUGGGGACUUUUCAUUCUUGUGGUGAGUUUAGCUUUUGGCCGGGUGUUGCGGAGUAUCUUUUCCCCCCAUGGGCCAAAGGCUAUUAUUGGGUUUGUCUUGGCUAUAUUUCCUUUCCUUUUUAUUAUUUAAUACCUUGCCUAGGGCAUAUUUUGAUUGUUCGAUUCCAUUUGCUGCGUUCCAGCGUUGUCUUUUCUUCGGGAGAACUACCCACGUACUUCAUACACUAUUUCCACGCUUUAUCUCUGUUUCUUGGAGUCUUGUUUGAUCAACUCUUCCAGCGCCUCGACUACUUGUUGACAUUACCAUACAAGUCUAUAACUUUCGAUAGAGACCUUUUCAUUAUUUUAUACAUCAUCGUGGAUAUGAACAUUUACCCUUUACCAUUCUGGAGUGUUGGAGUUUUCCUUUGGCUUUCCCAUCGCAAGGCGGACAAUCUGUUAACUGACUACGUCAGUGGGUGACCAGCUCAACUUGAAUGUCGCAUUGCUAUAUACUUCUGCAUUUACAAGGAUCUUCUGAACAUACAAGAAAACAUGACGUGUAAUUGGAAUAUAAUGGUACAUGACAAAAUUUUUAUCCAAGGCAUGGGAGAGAGAAGGAUUGAACAGUUCCUAAAUGUCGGGUAGCCGAACCACAAAAUCCCACAGCACCGAACCUCUUGCAUCCUGCGAUAAUAUACACUCAGUAAGCAAACAGAAAAGAAGGAUCUGUCCCCCACUCCGCCCAGCAAAAUAACCCAAAUAUGCAUGCAAGAAAUCUGACGUUUUCACCCCUACUACGUCUGCUCUCCCUCCACCUCUUCACUCACAAUCUCCGCCCCCUCCCUAACCAACUCAUCCACCCCCUUAACCUUCACAUCCACAACCCUCAGAAUCGUAUACCUAUGCUUGCUCUUUACCCGCCUCACAUGUCUCUGCCUCUGCUUGGUCUUCUCCUUAAUCCGCAGCGGCUCCGACUCUGUGCCAAUAACCCUCACCCGACACUCGAAGAGUCGCUCGUCAACGUACGGCGCCCCCUUGAGCGUGAAGUCGCGCGAACCGAUCACGGACGCCCGGUUGAAGCGGAGGAUGUCGCCGGCUUGCACGUUGGGCAUGAGGAAGGGGAGGCGCAGUGUGUCCCCCUCUGUCAGGAGAUAGGGGCGCGCGUGGAGGUGCGCGGUGAUGUAGUGGGGCGUUUGUGUUGUGAGAUGUGGGAGAAGAGAGGUUAGGGAUGGCGUGAGGGUUAGGGGCUUUGUGAAGGUGGGUUGAAUCGGGAGUUUGUUUGGUGGGAUGGUUGGCGUUGUCGAUGCUGAUGUUGAUGCGGAUGAGCUUUGUAGUGUGGACAAUUCAGAUUGUGAUGGGACAGCUGUCUCGGGGGUUUGUGAUGUAGUCUGUUCACUGGAACCCUUCGUGGGUGACUGUGGAGGGAUUUCAGGGGCUGUUGCAUGGAAGGGAGUUGCUGAGGCUUGAUGCAUGCAUGCUGCUCGAGUCGACGGGAUGAUGGAGGGCAUCCACCGGAUGUCGAGGGCGGUGCGGAAGGUAGAUCUCGCGAACAUGGCUGCUGUGGUAUUGUGCAGAUGUCUCCUAAUAAUACGACGGGUGUAAGGCCUGAUCAUCCGUCAAUUGCUACGGAGCGUCCGCCUCCUUCAAGAUGGCGGUAUAUUGCUUGUCUACUCCAAAUGAAGUUGGAGAAAAUCAAAAUCGGGAUGUCGCAAAUAGCCGCUGCGGUUACCGUACAAGUCACAUGUAUUUGUAGCUUAUGUAAUAAUCAUGUGAUUUCGCUAGUUUUCGCGAUAACCAACCUCAA